GACAUGGCCCUGUACUGCGGGGACAACUUCGUGUACUCGCAGCCCGCCGCCGCCGCGCCCGGGGCGCCCCCGACCCCCAGGGCGCCCUACGCGCUGUCCGACUACGCCGCGCCGCCCGCCGCCGCCGCCAACCCCUACCUGUGGCUCAACGGGCCCGGCGUGGGCAGCGCGGCCUCGGCGGCGGGCUACCUGGGCGCCCCGCCGCCGCACCCCGGGGCGGCGCCCGGACCCUUCCUGCAGCCGCCCGCCGCGCCGGGCACCUUCGCGGGCGCCCAGCGGGCCUUCGCGCAGCCCUCGGCCGCCGCGCCUGCCUCCCCCGCCGGCUCGGCAGCCCCGGGCGAGCUGGGCUGGCUGUCGAUGGCCAGCCGCGAGGACCUGAUGAAGAUGGUGCGGCCCCCCUACUCGUACUCGGCGCUCAUCGCCAUGGCCAUCCAGAGCGCGCCCGAUCGCAAACUCACCCUCAGCCACAUCUACCAGUUCGUCGCGGACAACUUCCCUUUCUACCAGCGCAGCAAGGCUGGCUGGCAGAACUCCAUCCGCCACAAUCUGUCACUCAACGACUGCUUCAAGAAGGUGCCCCGCGACGAGGACGACCCAGGGAAAGGUAAUUACUGGACUCUAGAUCCAAAUUGUGAGAAAAUGUUCGACAAUGGAAACUUCCGUCGGAAGCGUAAGCGCCGUUCUGAGGCCAGCAACAAUCUCACUGUGGCUUCAGGGACAUCAAAAUCAGAAGGCCAGUCCUCCAGACUAAGAGUGAGUGGGAAGCUAGAAAGAGACAGCCCCCCUUCUCUUCUGAGGUUGCCUCAGUCACCAGAGCCUCCAGAGGACACCAAGAGUGCUGCCUCACCUCCUGGCGUGUCCACACUGACCUCUACUCCAUGCCUCAACACUUUCCUCAGCAGCCUCAAUACUUUAAGUGCCAACCCCAGCAGCAUGAGCGUGAGCACCCAGAGAGCCAUCCCAGGCAGCCGCCGCCACCUAGGGGGGCCCCAGCUGCCCUCCAGCACAUUCCCCAGCACCUCCAUCCCAGACGGCUCUCCAGACUCCGUGCAGCUGAGCAGUGCGGGUGGAAGCAACCAGAUACCUUACCACAGCCCUUUCCCUAGCUACAGCAGUGGGGACCAGAGUAGCUCCUUCAGCAGCCCUUUCUACAACAACUUCAGCAUGGUCAACAGCCUCAUCUACUCUGAUAUAUAAACUCCAGCAGCUUUUCCAGGUUUCUCUGGCGGUGUGCCUCUCUGGAGAAAAAGGAACCUUACUUAGGUGCCUCUGAGGACUAGCUUUGUUAUAUUCUUCACUUGUAUAUCAUAGCAGCAAGCUCAAAUGUGUAUAGGCAGGUUGGUGGGGGGAAAGGUUGUUGGAGUUAUGGGUGGGAAAAUUAAAGCUUCUGGCAGCUGGAGGCACAGGGAAUUGGCCAGCUGGUUAUUUCCUCUAUGACAGAUUUUUUUUUUUUUUUUUCAAGAAAAGCCAGAUAAUCUGGGAAAAAAAAAUUUUAUCUGAAAAAAUUUUUCUAUAAGAAACCUAAUUUUGUGACCUCCUGUUAUAUCUAGGAAAAGCCACAAACCCUUUCUGAAUCCAGCUCACAAAGUUACCUCUGUCUGGAAAUGGUAUGGAAGUAUUGCAGGGAUGCUUUGUACCAGCUGUUCUACAUAUCUGGCCUUGAACUCACUCAAAGGCCUACCUCUGCCUCCGAGGGCCAGGAUCAAGGGUGUGCGCCACCACACCCGGCAACAGUGAGUUCUUAAAACAUGCCAGAGAUGGUGUAAGCCUAGAGACCACAGUUCCUGGUGGUAAACCAGGCAUCCUGACCAUUUUAGCUUAUGUCCUAGGUAUUUUGUUGAAAGUGAAAUCUUCCAGGGUUCUUUCGAUUGGUUUGGUUUUUGAGAAAAGGUUUCUACAUGGCUCUGCCUGUCCUGCAACUGACAAUGUAGACUAUGUUGGCCUUGAACUCAAUAGAGAUCUGCCUCCCAGGGGUUCUGGGAUUAAAGGUGUACACCAAGCCCGGGCUAGUCUUACAGUUUUUAAUGAGAAAUUAUUCCCUUGUGAUCAACUUCUUUAAGUUAUACCUUUAUGAAUUUGUUUCAUCACCACCACCUCCCUUCCGCUUCCCUGAAGAAACUUCAUUUGAAUCAUUUUGUAGUGGGCAGAGUCUAGCAUGUCAUCAUCAGGAAACAGUUGGUCGUCUUCAGUGGAACUCAUUCAAAGCUUGCUAAGGAACAGCCCUCCACUAAAAUGAAGGUAUACUACAGGCUCCCGGGUAACAUGGUUUUGAGAUGUCACCGUGAGACAGGAACCACAUAUAACAGGUUGGGGGGGGGGGAUCCCUGUGGUGUUUUUGGUUUUUUUCUUCUGUUUUGUUUUUUUAAAGAUAGGGUUUCAUGUCCCCUGUAUUUUAGAACUCGUGUCAUUAGUUUAAAAUUUUUUUAGAAAUGUAUGGAAAAAUUUUUAAUGGCUUCUUGAUAUAUAAAUUGCAUCACCAUUGUUUAUUCACUAUUAUGCAAAAAGAUAACCAAAGAAACCACCUGGCCUCAUACUUUGUGCAUAACAAUUUUUCUGAAUAUUUUUGUAUGUGAAGAAUCAUAAGGAUUUUUAUGAAUAUUUCUAAUACAAUUCUAUAUUUGUAAAUUAAUUUAUAAUGUCUGUUGGAGCUGCAAAGAUUUUUUUCCCAAGAAGAUACUCUGCAUGCUAAGAAUAAACUCUUAAAUGGGAUCACUCCUGGCUUUUGCAUCAUUGCUUUUCUGAACUCAGUGUCUUUCUUGAAGGGAUAAAAAUGGCUGGCGUGGCAGGAAGCCACUAAGGGACUCUGAGAGCAGCUGACUUUGCACUUCCGGAUUUGCCCUUCCCCAGGUGACAGGGCUAGAAAAAAAAUUACUCUUCAGGAAGGGCUUUGGGCAUGAGUGUUGGGUUUAUUUCUGAUAUAGUAACGGUUCUGUUAGAACCUGACACCUUCCUAGGCUCUAGUUGGGGGUAGAGGAGGGACGAUGCAGGGUGAAGAUCGUCUUGGUGAGGUGGGGCAUGAGGUUAGGAAGCUACAAGCAGCCCGUUUCCUAGGCUACAGCUGAGAGUUUGAUUUGGCCCCAGCCAGAAAGUUCUUUGUACAGGCUGUCCUGUGAAUUAUAGGAUGUCUUAGAGGCCGGAAGCUUACCCACACAGUUGAAAUACCUACCCUCGGUGGGAAGGUGGUGACCUGGGGCCAUAUUACCUCAGUGAGAACCUUUUACCCUAUACUUUAAGGGGAUCAAUUGUGAGGACUAGUUGGGAAGAAACAAAAACUGGAUCAAAAUGUAUUUGAAUGUAUCUGAUCAAAAUGGACUAGAUCUGCUGCUGGGCAUGGUGGCACACGCCUGUAAUCCCAGCACUCUGGGAGGCAGAGGCAGUCGAGUCUACAAAGUGAGUCCAGGACAGCCAAGGCUACACAGAGAAACCUUGUCUUGAAAAAAGUACUAGAUCCAGGUAGCUGAUUGACAUUAGACACUAGAAUGAUAAAGCAUUGUGAGGAUCUAUUGACUACCUUUGAGGGGUCAGUAAGGUGGCUGAGACCCAGCUUGAAAUAUACCAGGGCACUGGCUCUUGCCAUCCAUAAGCUUAAAGAUAAAGAAAGAUGCUUCCUGGGCCUGGGUGAUCCCAGGUCAAAGUGCACCAGCAUCCAUUCACUGCAGACUUCCUGCAUUUAUGUUGUUUUCUGCCUUGGAAUCAUAUCAGAAAAUAUGGAGUUGGGCUAAACCAUACUUUGGGUUGCUUUUCAACAGUGCCAAGAGUAAAAGGCCUACAAUAUGUAAUAUGUAGCUACAUCUAUAUGCAGCUAGGGUCCUGGUGGGUAGGGGCUGCAGCCAGGCUGGGGUUAAUGUGUGUCAGCUUUCCUCAGCCUGGUGUGCCCUUUGAAUACAGCAGGGCAUGAGAAUUUGAGGACCUAAUCGGCAGGUUUUACAUUUCCAUCUUUGUGCAUGUAUUAUAUUGGCUUUUGGAAAUAGUCUUUGAAGGCCAGGCUGGCCUUCAAACUCACUGUGUAGCAAAGGCUGAUAAUGAAUUUUGUUCAUCCAUAUCCUAAGUGCGGUGCCACCAUGCUCCAUUCAUCAUGACAUUUUAACAUCCUCUAUGGCUCUUGAACUUCCUGAAAAAGGCAGCCAAGGAGCUUUGAAAACAGCUCUGCAGCCCUCCCCCUCUCUGCAGGCAACUAUGCUCCCAAAUCCCUUGCAAGGCAAAGCAAGGCAGGCAGAGAACACAAAAGGCUCCCCAAACUUCAGAGGAGCUUCCCAGGGCCCUCUCUGCCUUCUGAGGAUUUGAAAGCACCUGUCUGUAAGGUCCAUGUGGCUUUUGUCUUUUCCCCACUGUUUCUGGGGCUAAAACCUUGGAGGUCAUUAAUGAGAAAGAAAUCCGUGGUGCCCUGCCGGGGCAGGAGGUCGGCUGGCCUCAAGGCUAGAGUCCUGGCUUUGGCUUUGCCUUUGUCAUGGAAAGCGGUCAGCUGGGACUUGCGGUUAGGUAGGGUUAGGUGGCUGGCACCACUGAGAAAAGGAAUUUACCCGACAGAUUUGGGAACAAAACACAAAAAGGCCGAACAGACUAGAGCCUUACUGAAUUCCUCUCUAGGAGGCCUAAAGAAUAGUCCUUUAUCAUGUUAAAAAAGGUAAGUGUCACUAUUAACUCUCGUGUAAGGUGGCAAGCAUUGUUCAAAACACCUAUGUGACUGACUUCCCACUGUAUCAGCCCUCCUAACAGUGAAAGUAGGGAGUUAUUACCCAGCAUGGGAGUUUUUAUAACUGGGCCUGAUCAUUGAUCUAAGUGGCUGCUUUCAGGCAAGUGCUCAAACCAGGAUCCAAAAUAAAGCAAUGGGGUUGGAGAAACGGCUCAAUGUUUAAGAAUGUAUACUCACUCAGAGAAGCAGAUUGGGUUCCCAGCACCCCAUGGGGGCCCCCAACUAUCUGUAACACCAGUUCUAGGGGAUCUGUUGCACUUCUGUGGCCUCCAGCGGCCCAGGCAUGCAUGUGGUACAUGCAGGCAAACAUACAUACAAAAUAAAUUCUACAAAGAAAAGAAAGGGGAGGAGGGAGAUGGUCUGGACCAGAUCUUUCUUACCAGUCCAGUUGGCCUCUCUGCAUCUCUGCCCUGAGGGUCACUAUAGCCUCCUCACUGGGCUUCCAUCCUCAGGCCUCAGCCCCUUGCCACCCACCUUCUAUCUAUUCCUGCUGUGCCAAACUCCUUCUUACUACUUGGAAACCAGCAUGCCUCUUACUUGCUUAUUUAAGUUGAGUUUUGAAAAAGGGUCUCACUUUAUAGCCUAAGCUGGCCUCAAACUUUUGUCUCAGUGGCUGGGAUCUGCAAGAAUGAGCCAACACACCCCAGCUCAUAUA